UCUCAGGGACAUGCAGUGGUUUGCGAGCAGUAGCGAAGAUUUUGCUGCCACUUCCUGAUUUCUGCCUUGAGAGUGAUCUAAACUGGGACAUGACUGAAACAUUUAAAUGGACUUCUCAGCCCCAGGAAUGGCAGACUUUGGGAUAGAGUACAGAGGAAUAGAGACAUCAGGAAAGAGCCCACAAACCACUUGUGCAGAGCUGCUGCUAUCGUACUGAUGAAGAGAGAAACUUGUGAGAGAAAACUACAUGGAAACCCUGAAAGUGCUGUAAAAACUGAAAAGAGUGAAAGGGAUCCUCAGGUGUACCCAUGGAAAAGACAGAUGACCAGAACUGCCAGGAUAGGCAUGAAGAGGACAACCCAAAGAGUUCCCCAUUUGACUUUGUUAUAAAGCAGUUCCAAGGAAAGAGGUGUGCUCCUGAAAAAAGGCAAGAGCAGCCUUCAGCUGUCAAACAAUUCUUCAAGGGCUUUGACUUUGGGAAAUCUGAAGGCAAGGACAGAAGGGAAGUUGAAGAAACAGAAAUAAGCCAUGCUGGAGCUGAUGACCAGAGUGACAAGCAAGAUCUCUCUGUAGAAGAUGGACUUUCACAUCUCACUUCUGAAGUGGAGUCACCAUCUGGUGAGCAGAGAUUUAAUCAGUUCAUGGAGAAACUGGGAAAGAAACCCAACAGCAAGAAUCUGGAUCUAAAUAAUUGUGCAUUAAAUGCGGCAGAUGUAACAGAGCUGGCUUCUUUACUGCCCUUUCUCCCAGAGCUGGAAGAGAUCAGUCUGUCCUGGAAUGGUUGUGUUGGAGGGACUUUGAAGGCUCUCACUGUCCAUCUUCAUCAUGUGAACCUGUUAAAAGUCCUCCGACUUAACAGCUGCAGGCUGACAGCUGAGGAUGUCAUCUCCUUAGGAGAGGCAUUUGAAACUGUUUCUCAGCUUGAAGAACUGGAUUUAUCAUGGAACAGUAACAUAGGUGGAAAACUAUCACUGCUGACAAAAAAACUCCAGGAUGGAUGCAAAUUAAAAUGUCUGAAAAUUACAGACUGUAACCUGACGGCAAAGGAUGGAGAAUCCCUUGCUGAAAUUCUAAAUGUGAUCCCAAACCUCGAAGUAUUAGAUCUCUCUAUCAACAAAAACAUUGGCUGCAGCAUGAAGGUUAUUGCUCAGGAUCUGAAAAAUGUGCCAGGCUUGAAAGAGUUAAACUUGCACAUGUGUGGAUUAAAGCAAGACAGCCUCCAGAGCUUAGACACUGCUUUACAGCACCUUGCAGAGCUAAGGAAAUUAGACAUCUCGUGCAACAGAGAGAUUGGUGGUGGCUUUAAAGACUCAGCAGCUCAUUUGGCCAGCUUGAAAAAUCUGGAAGUCCUUGAUCUUCACCAGUGCUGUGUCACAGAAGAGGACAUGACCGUUUUGUGCCAGGUGAUACCUUUACUCUCCAGUCUUCAAGACCUGAACUUAUCCUCGAAUAAAAAUGUAGGACUCUCAUCUGAUCCUCUUCUGGGCAGGCUCAGGUUUUUACCGAAGCUGAGAUCUGUGAGCAUCAGCAAUUGUGGCUUAGGUGAAGAGUCCCUUUCAUCACUAGCUGAGGCUGCCCUUCACCUUCCUGAACUGGAGAUAUUAGACCUUUCUUGGAAUAAGUGCGUUGGUGGGAACCUAAAGCUGCUUUUGGGAGCACUAAAGCUUGCAACGGAGAUUCAAGUGUUAAGACUGAGCAGCUGUAACUUGGUGGCUGAAGAUUUGGCACUUCUAACAUCCCUGAGGCAAGAUGGCCAUUUAGCCAGAUUGCAGAAGCUGGAUUUGAGUUAUAAUAACAACAUCUCUGAUGAAGGCUGGGCUGUCUUCUGCCAAGGUUUAGGAGCAUUCAAGGAACUCUCGGAGCUGGAUGUGAGCCUCCGGCCUUCAUCCUGCCGGGACUGCGGGCCAUGGUUCAGGGAAUUGUUGGCAGCACUGACACAGCUGCCAGCCUUGGCAGAGCUGGGCAUGCAAAGAUGGGCCCUUUCAGAGUCCCAGAGGAAGCAAAUGGAAAGCUUUAAUCAAGACAACAAAAGAAACAUUCGUUUUGACUGUUGAUGAAGGUUGGAGGUGUCUGGAAGGCCUUUUGAGAGCAGCACAUGAACCAAGCAUUAUGUGUCUCUGACUUAGAAGACUGCAGUUUUUAAUAAUCUCUUGAAAUAAUUUCACAAUUAUAGAAAACUGUUAUUUAACCUUCUGCACCAUAGAUCAUUCCAUUUAAUAACAUAUUCUUUCAGGUUCUCUGGGCCAUGCUUACACUACUUUAUCUUCAGGGUCACUGCCCGCAGAGCAGUGCUGGAUUCAGAGGGGAUGCACUGCAGGUUUGGCCAUGGAGGGAAGGGCUGGGGUGUGUGUUAGUGCAAGUGGGUGGGCAGUGUGAAUGUGGCCUCGGAAAAAUACCUCUAAUGUGAAAAUACCUGAAACCUCCAUGUUUUAAUUUUAGUUUCUUUUCCCCCCAAACUUUUGCCUCUUUGUGAAUUAAUUAAAUCAUAAUUGGGAGAUUUGGCAACCAUCCCAACAACUCAACAUUACAGAUUAGUCCAGUAAGGAGAAUACAGAAGGAGCUGGUCUGCCUCUGCUCUGGCCCUUGAUGCCAUCUCAUAGUGUAGGUGAGUCCUGUAUAGAGGAUCAGAAUAAAAUCAAGGUAAGAAACCAUUAAUUGGUGUCUUUGCAAGUCUCAGGGGCAAGGAAAAAGCUGUGAUUAAAUCAGAGAUAUGUCCUGCUACUUUAACAAGAAUUUUGGACACAAAGCAAUCAAUAAGUGCCAAAUUCUGGCAUAGUCACUUGUGCCAUGGAGCAUGUUAACACGUGAGCUCCAGGACUGCAGUGGGAUUAUUCAUCGGUAAGGUAUUUUAGGAAGUAAAGAUAUUAGAUGUGCCCACUGAGUGAGGAGUCUUAGAGAAAUCCUGAGGCAGCUUGAGGGAUAAAGUACUGCUCAAUUAGCUCUGAGCAUCUCUACACGCUGCAGCAAUCUCCUGGAGGAGAAGCACAACAGGAUCAUUCAGUGGCACUUUCCUAACUUGCUAAGGCCCCCCUCAGCAAGUUCUCCCCUGCAGAUGCUGAUCAACAUUCAGCUUUCAGUCCAUGCGACCCUUCCAACAUCACCUUUUGCCUGUUCAGGGCUAUAACCAGCAGCUGACCAUGCUGUGCUGAUACCUAUUGAUCAUUUAAUCCAUGAUUUCAUGUAGGAGUCACCCUGGACUUCCUGGUUCCACUUGCAGUUCCACUGGAAAAGUGCACUUGGCUCCCCCAGCUUGAGAAAUGGGUUGAACUGGAGUCCCUUGGUCAGAGGCAGUAGGCAAUUGCUGUGUGGGAUCCUAAACCUCUGAAAUAAAGAAAAGAGCCCCCGCUUCAUACAGGGCUAACAAGAGAUUUUCAAGCAGUGACUUAAGCCAGGACAGUUGUUCUAAUGGGGAAAUACCAUCAUGUCUGUUUAGCAGCAGCACACCAACCUGUUCUUUUUAUCACUUGUCUUCAUGUGACUUUCCUGCUCAAAUCUGCCUUUGAUCCAACUGGGAAACUGAUCUUUCUUCUGCUCUGUGAUAAUUUCUCUGGAUUAAUCCUUUCCCACUUGAACCUCUCUCUCCAGUUCACCUUUAAUGUCUACAUUCUGUUGAAGGCUUCCUGACUGAACUCAACUUCAGUGUUGGGGUUUCUUGUUCUUUCAUAGCUGGGCUCCUCAUUCUCAUCUCCAGAGCACAGUACAGACCCACUGCUGGCAAACUCUCCCCCUGGGCCUGAUCCCCCUGCUCAGUCCUUUGCCCUCUUACUAUUCUGUCAUACCUAUUGUGCCACUAAAAACGUUUUGUUCCUUUUAUCACCUCUACUAAAUGUCCUGUCAAUCUGCCAGUCUUCCCAGAAAUUUCUCUUCCAACGAUUUCCUCCUUGGCAGUUUCUGAUUCAUCCUUCGAUCUGUUCCGCUUUGCCUUUACUUAGGGUGAAAAAAUUUCAUUAGACAUUUCCAAACAAUCAAAACAGCCUCAGUUACCCAAUGAAAUGGAAAAUCAGAACAGAGCUGUCCCACUUUCCUGGAGUCCCAGCUCUCUCUUGCCAACAAGCAUAUUAAUGAGAUUUCAGUAUCAAUCAAGAGCCAAACAGAAAUGAGUUCCAUACCCUGGAUGCAGAUUCAGAGAGCACUGCCUGGGGAUGGAACUCUGUGAAUAGCUGUCUCAGUGGCCCUGCCUUCAUCAACUCCCUCAGGAUGCACCACCUUCCCUGAGGUGAGACAAGGGGAGGGAGAGCAGGACUGCAGUUCUGACCAGCCAGUUAAACUAAACAAAGGGUUCUGCUCCCACCCACUCUGCAUUUUGAACCUGCACAGUGGCUGGCCCCAGUCCAGCUCUGUGCUCUAUGUACACUGCAAAUAAAACUCUGAGGGACUUAAGGGGUAGCUGAGCAAUACGGAAUAAAAACUAGACAAGGACAUUAUGUGUCUAGGACAAGCAGCUGCCUGCGUGUCAGGCGAAGUGGAAAGACAUGGUUGCACAUAAACUUGGCAUGCAAGAAUUAGAUAAUAUUAUGUUUGUCAUGGUUCUUCUUAAUGACAAAGGUGUUAUGGCGCGUCAGAACCAGAAUCAUGGCAGAAAUUGCAUCCUGCAGACCCACUGCUUUCAAAUAAGCCUGUCAUACACAGACACAUCACAAACUGUCACCAAAGCAUCUUAGAGAGGAGCAGUACCACUAAGGACGUGACAGCUUGCAGUCAUUCAAAGUGCUGUAACUGCAGAUUGUCAAAACAUCAGUGAACAGUUUUGCGAAAGUGUGGAGAUACUUUCAAACAGCUUUUUACACCUCUCUAAGACAGGAUUGACACAGACCAGCACCUUAAUUGUAUCUCUCUUGAUCGGAGAGGCUUUUUAGAGUCCUUGCUAGGAGUCAGGGAGAUGAAUGGGAUUUCUGUAUUUUCUCUGUCUUCAGGUUGUUUAUUAUAUCUUAUCAAUAAUUCACAUGCUGACAGCAUAGCACGAAGCAGAGCAAAAUACAAAAGGCAAGUUGCAGGAAAGCUCAAGGCUUUUUAAAGGUAAACUAACCAAUGGUCACUGAAAGUGUACAUUAUUUUUAUUUUUCUACUAAUUAUCUAGUCACACAAUCAGGAACUGUGGAAUUCUUUGUCUAAUCAUCAACUACUUCUACUGCAGAAUAUGGAGU